AUGUUUUCCGUUUUCCGUCCAAUUGCAUUCAGAAACUUAAAGGUUGCGGUUCCAGUAAUUUUGAGUACCACGGCUCUUUUGAGACCUCAGGCAAUUAUCCACAAUGAUGCGUUUGCUGUCUCUCAACCUCAGCAACAUUACCUGCCCCAGGCCAUCCAAGCCAAAGCUCGUACUUCAAGGUUAAAUGGAAAGCUUGACUAUGGUGAAUUGUGUCUUGGGUCGCUUACAGGAUUAUUCUUGGGUGUUGUUGUUGGAAAAUUGUCGAGUGUGUUGGUGUUCGUAUCUGUCUCUACAUACUUGCUCUUGCAAUUCUUAGAGAACAGAGGAAUGGUUACUAUUCCGUGGACUUCGAUACUCAAUAUUGGAAAUCGCCAGUGGGACUUGAAGCUGCUCUUCUUUGAUAAGCCAAGCUUUAAGAUCUCCUUGGUUUCCUCAUUUUUGAUUGCGGCUUACAACGUGUAG